AGAGAAUACAACCCCGCCUGCGCAAAUUGUCGCUUGCAUGAGAAUGGCGAGCUAAUUUCAGCGAGCAAGGGUCAGAAUUCUCAUUGGUGUCGAAUAAAGCCGGGGGGGGGGAAGUCAAGUCACCCUCAAGAAACCAUAUCUGGUUAAAAAGCACAAGAGCAAAAAGAGCAAUCUUGUUGCUCUUAAGCUCAAUCCGUCGCCACAGCAAGAACAGAAUUAUGGAUCCGCCAGUAUGCCACACGCAGCCUAUGUGAUCUCGGACACGGACCGGCGGGGCCUGAUGGUGGUUGUGACCACUCUUUUCAUGUCGUGGAUGGUUCUGGUCAGUUUUUUUCGCAUCUAUAUGCGUAUGACGAUCAUUGGACCGUGGGGACUGGAUGACUUGAUGGCGAAUGUUGCUUCUAUACUGGGAAUCGUCAACGUAGGGGUGCUCGUGAAGGGCGUCAAUGAUGGAUUGGGAAGCACGGAGAAACAACUGAAUUCAUCCCGCAUAGAACGUGCUGAGCAGGCCCUAUAUGGUGCGAACAUCCUGUUCCUGGCCGGCCAUUGCGCAGCCAAAUUGUCCGUGCUCUUUCUCCUGCGACGUUUGGGUCGAGAAAGGACAUACUUAAGGGCUUGUCUGGGCGUCAUGGUCGGGAUUGUUCUGUGGGCAAUAGUGUCAAUCCUGAUUGUCGCUCUGAAAUGUCCGUUUCGCCAUCCGUGGCUACUCGAGCAAUGUGCAAGUCUUCUCCCUCGAUGGCAAGCGAUCACCGUCCUCGACGUCAUUACCGAGCUUCUAUUACUCGGCCUCAGUUUGUAUCUCGUCUGGCCUAUUAAAUUGACAAGAAUGCGGAAGGCUGGUGUUAUCGGGGCGUUUGGGACAAGGCUCGGGAUCGUCAUUCUUGCCAUUCUUCGGCAAACCUCGAUGACCGCCAUCGCACAUACCAAUGACCUUCUGCUUGACAUCUCCGACGCCGUCAUUCUGACUCAAGUUCUGCUGCACUGCAGCAUUAUGGCUGCCACACUGCCCUGUCUCAAGCCGUUUGUCGUGUCUUUCAACACUGGUUGGGGACAGGGUACAGUUGGGCAAGAUGGGAGUAGCUACUUCCAUCAGGCAAGCACAGCAUCCGCGGCUGCGCAGAGGUCGCGUGCCAGUUCAGGGAAGAGAGGGUCGGAAAUCAGACGCAAAGACCAGGACGCAACAAGAUCGGAAGAUGCGGGUCGCGGAAACUCCCAAGAAUGGAUCAUUCAGGAGACACGGGAAUGGUCGUUGCGGUAUGAAACCAUAGAGAUGAAACCUGUAGAGCCGAAGUGAUCGAUGAAUCAGUGUGUACUGUCUGCUACGCACGUUGAGGGCCAAAAUCGUAAUUUAUGCCUAAUGGGGCAGUUGGGUCGGCUCUCUUACUGUACCGACGGUAUUUCUCGUAAGAAAUACCUUUUUGGCCUCACAGCAGGGCUGCACAGCAUGCUGUCUCAGCAGCCUGAUGAUGUUUUUCUAUUCUCAGCAAAUCCAGAUAUGCAGUAUGCAAUGGUACUUUUGUGGAAACACUUGCGAGACUCGCGGAGUUCACCAAAGACUUGACAGGCGGCCUUGCUCCCAA